UGAAUACGCCAUAUUGCUCACAGCCGGACAGAAACACAAAGUGAAACACGGGAAUAAACCUGCUUUAAGUAUAUAGAAACGCCAUAACCAGAAGCGAAAAUGACUUCCGUGGAAAUGGACUUGGGGAAAUAUUUAGCUCGCAUCGGGUUUACGGGCCCCGCGGAGCCCAGCCUGGAGGUGAUGCGGACGUUGCACACCUGCCACCUCCUGUCGGUGCCGUUUGAGGACCUCACGGUGCACAGCGGGGGUCGAGUCCAGCUCGACCUCCCCCUUCUGUACGACAAGAUCGUGAACCAUCGCCGAGGAGGCUUCUGCUAUGAGAACAACAGCCUCUUUCGCUGGCUGCUGACCGAACUGGGCUUCCAGGUGACUAUACUCUCAGGCCAGGUGAAGAACAGGUUCACGGGUUGCUACGGGCCACCUUUCGACCAUUUCAUCCUACUGGUUGAACUUGAGGGCCGGCGAUGGCUUUGUGACGUCGGGUUCGGGGUUCCCGGUUUCAGUGUCCCGCUGUCACUGGACACUGAAGACCCCCAGGAGCAGAGCCACCGAGUGUACCGGAUCAGGAAGGACCUGGAGAUGCACUUUGUGGAGUGGCAAGAGGAAGAAAACAGAGGAGUAGAUGGAGACUGGAAAGAGAUCUACAAGUUCACCCUUAAACGUCGGAGUAAGGAGGACUUCACUGAGAUGUGCCAAUACCACCAGACCUCCCCCAGCUCCAUCUUCUUCUGCAAGUCCCUCUGCACUGUUCUGAGACCUGGCGGGAGGCUCACCUAUAUAGGCCACAGAUUGAUCACCACCACAUUCCCAACAGAAGAGAACAGGCAUGUGGUGGAAACCAUCACAGAACUUAAAGAUGAAGAGAUUCCUGGUGUUCUAAAGGAAAAGUUUGGAAUUGCACUUAAUUCCACGCUCAUAGCAAAGGAUGAGAAAAUCACACCACCUCUAAUCACAUAUUAAACAUACGCACAGUUAUAUGGGAUAAAUUCAUACCUCUUAUGGCUCCAUAACAACAAAAUGUAUGAAUACUCUAAGAUUAGGGCCAAUGGCUUUUGUUUUUAAAUCCAUCUAAUCACUGAGG